UAAGAUACCGAACAGGAAACACGGUAAAAAGUGUCUUGUCCAGUUAACAAACAUAAUAUUCAAAUUGUUUUUCAAGUCAUAUUACAAAUAUAACACUAUGAAUACCUCAAAGUACGAAAUGUCGAAAACAUACCAAUACCGCAAAGUGAUGAAACCAAUGUUGGAGCGAAAACGGCGCGCUAGAAUCAACAAGUGCUUGGACGAAUUGAAGGAUCUUAUUGCCGAGUGCAUGCAACAAAGUGGAGAUUCAAAUGUAAAAUUGGAAAAGGCAGAUAUAUUGGAACUUACAGUUCAACAUUUGCGUAAAAUAAAGAAUUCCAAAACAACACAUAAACCAACAAGUGAUAACUUUAGAACUGGAUACAUUCAAGCUGUCAAUGAAGUUUCUCGGUGCUUGGCUAGCCUUCCACAAGUUGACGUUACUCUUGGAACAAAUCUGAUGACACAUCUAGGAGUGCGAUUAAAUCAACUUGUCUCACAACCUGCUCCUGCUAUAAAAAUAAACAAACCUUUGAAUGUUUAUUGUGGUGGAGAAAAUUUAACAGCUCAGCGAUCAUCUCUGAAUCUAAGUCCAGUGUCUUCCGGUUAUGGCAGUGACAGUGAUAAUUCAAUGUCCUCUUUACCGUCAUCACCGUCUUUUUCAAAUUCACCAGCAUUGCUGCUAAAAAUUGCUCCGGUAGUUGAAAACAAUGUAAGCGCCGUUUGGAGACCAUGGUGAAGUGCAAAACAUCGAUUAAGGGAUUGUUGCCGUUGCCAGGAAUUGUCAUUAUAAUAGCUUGAGGCUGUGCAUUAAUAGAUUUAAGAUAAUUAAAAUAGUAAUAAAAGUCUGUGAUAGGAAUAAAGCUUUAAAAACAUGCAU